AUCAAAGGAUGAUUUUUGGCACGGUUUUUCUUCAACCAUUAUUGUAUAUUUUUUAAUACAGAACAUAGUUGGUGGCGCUGAGGAGGAAGGAAGAAUUGUUUUGAUUACAUUGAUUAAGACAAAAAGGUCUGACCACUUGACUUUUCUUCUCUGUAUUACACUUACCACCACCACCAUAUAUUAAAUAUAAUACAAUCCGAACACUAGACUUUUUCUUUUCUUUUUUCCUCUUUUCAUUCCUCCUCCUCGUCCAUACCAUUUAUCAUCUUCUUCUCUUCUCCUUUCUAGGGUUUCAUUUCUCUGUGUGUGUUAGAUUUUUUCUUCCAGAGACCGAAAACAACCGUAAAUCUAGGGUUUUCUUCUGUUUUCGAACAAGUAGUGGGAAUAAUUUUAUUCGUCUAGAUCUUAUUAUUUCUCGAAAUCAAGGACUGGAAAAAUUGGGGAUUUGGUCAGUUUAGGUUAUUGUGCAUGAUUUAACUUUGAAUUCUGAGAUUCUUUCUUUUACUAUAUUGGUAUGAACUUAUAAGGAGGAGGAGGAGGAGGAGAUAUCGAUGCUGGUUUAGUUUAGGUGGGUAGCUAAGCUAGAAAUGGCUUUGAAGGUAUCACCAUUAAAAGCAGCUGAAAUAGCUAUACAAUCAAUUGGAUUAGGUUAUGAUAUAGCUAUAGAUCUUAGACUUAAGUAUUGUAAAAGAGAUAGUAGUAGUAGUAAUUCUGAUGAUUCCAGAUUAAUUGAUAUUGAUGAAGAUCAAGGUAGAGAGAUUGUUCUUCCUGGUGGUAUAUCAAUUCCAAGUGUUUCUAAGUCUAUUAAGUGUGAUAAAGGAGAAAGAAUGCGAUUUAGUUCUGAUGUUCUCUCUUUUCAACAGAUGUCUGAGCAGUUCAACCAGGAAAUAUUUCUAUCUGGUAAAAUCCCCUCAGGCAUAUUCAAUUCGAUGUUCGAGUAUUCGGGUUGCUGGCAGAAAGACGCAGCCAAUACAAAAACACUUGCCUUUGAUGGUUGGUUCAUUACAUUGUAUACGGUUGCACUUGCAAAAUCCCAACCAGUACUGCGUGAUCAUGUCAGACAAGCCGUUCCAUCAUCGUGGGAUCCUGCUGCAUUGGCAAGGUUCAUCGAAAAGUUCGGCACCCAUAUUAUUGUUGGUGUCAAAAUGGGAGGGAAGGAUGUGAUAUAUUUAAAGCAGCAACAUUCGUCAAAUCUUCAACCUGCCGAGGUGCAGAAAAGGUUAAAGGAGAUGGCUGACAAGAGAUUUAGGGAUACUAACGGGCAAUUCGGGGAUGCUGGAGAAGUUUAUGACAAAGGCAAGUUUGGAAUCAAGGAGCAACGGCUUAGGUUUGUUGAUACCAGCCCAUCAAGCUCUUACGCACACAAGGAGGAUAUUGUAAAUAUUCCCAAGAGGAGGGGAGGAAGCGAUAACAAGAAUCUGACACACAGUGAGUGGAUACACACCGUUCAAGUUGAGCCUGACGUGAUCUCAAUGUCUUUUGUUCCAAUUACUUCUCUUCUGAAUGGGAUACCUGGGAGUGGAUUCUUGAGCCAUGCGAUCAACCUUUAUCUGCGAUAUAAACCGCCAAUUGAAGAACUCCAUCAGUUUUUGGAAUUUCAACUGCCACGACAAUGGGCACCAGUGUUCAGUGAGCUUCCUCUUGGGCCACAGCGGAAGCAACAAAGCACCUCAUCUCUACAAUUCAGCUUCAUGGGUCCCAGGCUUUAUGUUAACACUAGUCUGGUUGAUGUGGGUAAGAGGCCAGUUACUGGCCUUCGGCUUUAUCUGGAAGGGAAAAGAAGUAAUCGGUUAGCAAUUCACAUGCAGCAUCUCUCUUCUCUGCCCAAAGUCUUUCAGUUACAUGAUGAUCCUGAUGAAAACUCCCAGCGUCAGGCAUAUGACCGCAAGUACUACGAGAAAGUCCAGUGGAAGAACUUCUCUCACGUUUGCACUGCUCCAGUUGAAUCUGAUGAGGACCUAUCAAUUGUCACAGGGGCCUACUUCCAAGUAGGUGACUAUGGCCUGAAGAAAAUUCUUUUUUUGCGUCUUCGCUUCGCCACAGUUUCUGGUGCCACUAUAGUCAGGAAGCCCGAGUGGGAUGGGUCCCCUGGUCUGGCCCAGAAAUCUGGAAUGAUUUCCUCCCUGAUCAGCUCUCACUUCACAACCGUGCAAAAAGCACCCCCACGUCCAGCUGAUGUGAAUAUUAAUUCAGCCAUUUACCCUGGUGGUCCGCCAGUCCCUGUAACGGCUCCGAAGCUACUGAAGUUUGUGGACACAACAGAGAUGACAAGAGGACCGCAGGACACACCUGGUUAUUGGGUUGUUUCUGGAGCUAGACUUCUGGUGGAGAGAGGUAAAAUCUCACUCCGUGUCAAGUAUUCUCUGUUGACUGUGAUGUUACCCGAUGAUGAUUUGUCGGAGUAGAGCUUGAAACGGGGAUGGAAUAGAAAGAAGAAAGAAAGAAAUGCAAAUACAAAAAUAGUAGAAAAACAAAAUGGAAAGAAGAAAACCCUUGAUAAUGAUCUCUGGUAUGUGUUUUAGCAACAGAAAAAAGUGAACAGAAAAGAACCCUAGCUUGUAGCUAUGUUGAAUGAAACAUUACAAAAAAAAGUGGAUUAAUGAUGAAAGUCCUAAUAGUGAUGGAUAUACAUACUGGCCAGAUGGAGAAGGGAUUGUUGUCAUUGUUGAGAUGAUUUGUAUGUAUUAUAUGUUGGUUGGUCCUUAUAAUCUGUAUUUCUCUUUGUAGAUUAUAUAAAUGUUACUGCCAUUAUAACAUUUCUGCAGUUGAAAAGCAAUUUCGAGUGCUUCA